AAUGGAGAUCUGUAUAACCAAACCAAACCAAACUCUUUCUUUUCUUUAAAGUUUAAAACUCCUGACGCAGAAGACUCAUCGUAGCCCAGCUAAAACAGAAAUGUGGACGGGUUUCCAUCUCCUGGUUGUUGCUGCCAUUUUGUCACAAUGCGCUCAAGCUGCGGACAUUCUGGUGGCGACAGUGACGUUCGGCAGCCCGUGGUUGGACGUGGCGAAGAUUGCCGAAGCCUUGUCCUCCCGAGGACAUGUCGUCACCGUGGUGGCUCCUGCUAGUGAAAAGACCGAUCUGAUGCGAAAAUUUCCGAGCUUUCGCUUCGAAACGUUUGGGGAUCCCGAAAAACCGCCAUUGAUGAAAGAGACCUUGAAAACUCUCCCACCAAUCAUCGCAUUUUCUUCACUUGGAGCACUAGGCUACCUAGAAGUGUUUGGAAACGCGCUCUCUGGCAUCUUCGGUCUCUGUGAGGGAAUGUUGAGUGACAGCCGGCUGAUGACCAGACUGAAGAACGGCCACUAUGACGUAGUGCUGACGUACCCUGCAAUUUCAUGUGGACCAAUCGUGGCUCAGUACCUGGACCUGCCUCUUGUCUGCACCCUACGGUCUAUACCUCUUGGAAUAGACACUCGUACUAGUGGCGUCCCCACCCCUCUUGCCUACGUACCAACAAUGGGCUUAGGGUUGUCGGAUAGGAUGACAUUUUUCCAAAGAGUCAUGAACGUUUUAGCUUAUGUACUGAUAAAUGCUGUGGCGCGGCCAGUUGUCGAGAGAACUUACAACGUUUUGGCAAGAAGAACCAUCGGGGACAACUACACCAUGUCUGCUGCCUUGGCAAGAACCGACGUAUGGCUCUACCAAUCAGACCUCAUGUUUGACUUCCCUAAACCUAUCAUGCCAAAUAUGGUCAGCAUAGCGGGUCACAUGGCUGACAAAGUCAAGCCGCUCAGUGAGAACCUGGAGACGUUCAUGCAGAGCUCUGGAGAUGCCGGAGUCGUGAUUGUAACGUUCGGCUCCAUGAUAGCGGCUAUGCCGGCAGAGACAGCCGACAUGCUGGCCGCUGCCUUUGCCCGUCUGCCGCAGAAGGUUGUGUGGCGCUACGCUGGGGCGCCACCUCCAAGUCUGGGCUCCAACACCAAGACCAUGCAGUGGGUACCCCAGAGCGACUUACUCGCUCAUCCCAAGACAAAGGCGUUUGUAUCACACUGUGGCUACAACGGUGUAUCAGAGGCCAUGUACCACGGGGUUCCCUUGAUCGGCAUGCCUCUGUUCGGUGACCAACACGACAACAUUGCCCGGGUGGAGGCCCGAGGGAUGGCUGUGACACUGGACAUCCACAGCGUGACGUCAGAAGAAGUUUACCAGGCCAUCACUACGGUUGUUUCCAAUCCCAGAUAUAAGGAGAAAGCCAAAUACAUCUCCACCCACCUCCAGGACCAACCACAGUCACCCAUGGAGCGAGCAACAUGGUGGAUAGAACACGUCAUCAAACAUGGCGGCCUCCCUCAUCUGAGGUCGAGGGCAAUCGAACUGCCCUUCUACCAGUAUUAUCUGUUAGACGUCUUAGCCCUGAUUGUGGCUGUUAUAACUAGUGUGUUAUUGCUUUGUUGGAAGUGUUGUUCGCUUGCAUGUGGCCUAUGCAAAAGGAGUAGAGCUAAUACCAAGCACAAGACUAAUUGACUUUUCUGGGUGUAAAUCUUAAGUUUUCCUGCAAGUGGUAUUGAAGUAAACAAUAAAGUGAAGAACUG